UGUUUGCAUCGUGGAAGUUAAACAAAAAGCAUUGACUUUUAAAGAGCUAUUGUAUUCAUAACUUAUAUAAACACUAUCUUAUUUGAUCAAAAUUGAGAAAUUUUAACAUUAUACACAAAUUGAUUUUUACUAUUAUUUUGGCAAAUAUUAUUUGUUGUAGUGAACGUUUUCACUUUUCACGUGAAUAUAAGCAUAUUUAACUAAUAAAAUUUAUUUAAAUUUAUCAACAACAUUGUGUGCCGAUUAUAUAGUGAGCAAGUCAAUUGUUGGGGGAAACAUAAAUAAUAACUUUAGUUGAUGCAAGGAGAUAAAGUGAGAUUUAUCAAACUUUGUUAUAGUUUAGCUGAUCUGAGAUGAAGAGACUUAAACACAAGAACGACAUUCGUCAUUUGUUAGAAGUGAAAAACGCACAGCCACGACAACGUCAAGGUAGCGUCGGAUCUGAUGGAAGUGAUGCAAGUGACCUUUCAACACAAUCUAUGCCACAAUACAGUAGUUACAGGCAGUUAUCUGGUGGACUACUUGGACCAUUUGAAAAUUCUCCUCCAAAACCUAGUUCUCGUGGAAGUUUCCUAAGUUGGGGUAGUGACAAACAAAAAAAUUCUAAAAUGAAUAGUAUAACUUCAUCUGGAAUAAAAACACCUUCAUCUCGUACAAGUGUAAAUAGUGACUUGGAAAGACCAAGUUCAGCUGCACCAGGUGAUACUCCCUUAAAGCCUGGUUAUUGUAGAGAGGUGUCUGGCUCUAAACUUCCAUUGUUUAGAAGAGAGAUAUCAUUACCUCAAAUGAAUACUAACUCAGCAUCUUCUUUAAAAAAAGACAAUGCUGAAAAUAAAGUAAAGCCACCAACUACUAUUAAAACAAACAUACCUGCUACACCGAGAGGUUCUACAAUUCCUAUUCAUCCAAAAACUACACCAAAAACAGUUGCUGAGCAACGAGUAUUGGAGCGAAAUAUUCCUGAAAAAGGAACUCGAAGUGGUAUAAGUGGUAUAUCUGACAAUUUUAAUAUAGGAGAUGAUGUUAUAAUUAAAGGAACCAACAAGAAAGGAAAGUUAUUGUAUAUUGGUGAAACUCGUUUUGCUGCUGGAUGUUGGGCAGGGGUUGUUCUUGAUGAUGAUUCCGGUAAAAAUGAUGGUUCAGUAGCAGGGGUUAGAUAUUUUACGUGUCCACCAUUAAGAGGUGUUUUUGUAAAAGAAGAAAAGUUAGAAAAGGUUUUCAAAAAAGAUACAUUGCUAGUAAAAACACCAAUAGCAACAGUAACCACACCAACAGAAAACAAUUCUGAAAGUUUAGUAAGAGAUGUUCAUACAAAAGAAGAAAAUUUAUCUGUAGGUGACCAUGUUGAAAUUUCAAUUGGAGUUGGAACUCAAGAAGGUAUUCUUCAAUAUAUAGGAUUAACAGGAUUUGCAAAAGGAACGUGGUGUGGUGUUGAAUUGAAAGAACCUAUUGGAAAAAAUGAUGGAGCUGUUGCUGGUACAAGAUAUUUUCAGUGUGAUCCAAAACAUGGAAUUUUCACGCAACUGCAAAAAGUGCGCAAGAUUCCAAAUGUAAAGAAUACAUCCAUCAAAAAUUCUGACAUUUCAAUUGCAAAUUCUAAUAGUACAUCUAUUGAAAAAGGAAAGAAAGAAUCCAAGAUAACUCCGCAUAAAUCAAUUUUAAAGUCUCAGACUCAUGCAAUAGAUUCAACGUUUGAGCUUGAGGCUAAUCCUCCCAGUACCUAUACAGCACAAGAAAAACUGCAAUUAGAAGAAAAUGUACUUAAUAACAGUUAUAUGAAAGAGUUGGAGAAAAAAUUAUGUGAUUUACAAAGUCAACUUCAUAGCAAAGAAAAUGAACUUCAUAGCAGAGAUACUGAAAUUUAUAGCUUAAAGACAGAUAAAGAAAAAACACAGUUUCAUGAGCAAGAAUUAAAAAACCUAAUUGCAAAAAAUGAGAAAGAAAAACAAGAAAUACAAAACACAUUAAAUGAAUACAAGCAAAAAAAUGAAGAGUUACAUUUUCAAUUAGAAGAGCUUGCUGUUGUUGCUGAAGAAAAAAAGAGUCAACUAUAUAACAAAGAAAAUGAACUGCAUAGUUUAAAGGCUGAUAAAGAAAAAACAGCUACAAAGAUUCUUCGUAUACAAGAGAGCAACUUUCAAUUGCAAAAUCAAGUAGCAAAACACGAUAGAGAGAAACAUGAUAUGCAAAAUGAAUUAAAUGAAUACAAGCAAAAAAUUGAGGACUUGCGUUUUCAGUAUGAAGAGCUUGCUAUGCAUACUCUGGCUUCUGAAGAAAAAAAAAUUUCUUUAUAUCAUGAAAAGGAAAAAGAUAUUGAGAUAAAACUAAAUGAAAAAGACAAAGACUUGCUUAACAUGCAGCUUGAAUUAGAAAAGUUGAAAAUUUUAUGUGAGGAAGAAACAUUCAAAGUGGAUGAAAAAGAAAUGCAACUGCAUGCAAAGAAUCAGGAGGUUGACAAACUACAAGAACUCCUGGAAAUAGCAAAAAACAACAUCAACCUUGAAGUAGAAGAGAAUAAUAAGCUUAAAGAACAGAUCAAGAAACUUAAAGAGCAAAUUGACAAACUCAGUACAAUAAGCAAUGAAAAAGAUUCAAAAAGUUUCGAAUUAAAAGUUGAGGAGCUAUUAAACAUUGAGUCGAAACUUAAUCAACAGAUUUAUGAAUUAAAUAACGAACUGGAAAAGAAGUGUGCUGAAAUUCAGUCUGUUACAGAAUCUAAUGAAUUAAUUCUUAAAGAGCACAUAGCUAUAAAAGCAAAGCUUGAAGUGGCAGAAUGUCGUGUUAAUCAAUACAUUGAAGAUAAAAAAUGGCUGGAGGAAGAGGUUUUAAAGGUUUCAAGAAAUUCUGGAGAUAAUGCUCAGCAACUUAUGCACUAUGAUCAACAAAUUCAGUUAAAAAACAGAGAAAUUGCAGACUUGCAAGACAAAAUUGCAAAAAUGACAGAACAAAAUUACAAUCAAUUAAAAGAUAUGCAGGAUAAAAUGAUGAAAGAAAAACAAUCUUAUGAAAAUGAGAAAAAUAUUUUUCUGAAAGAAUCAAUGAAUAUAAUGGAAGAACAGUUAACAAAGUUAAAAGACAAGUAUGAAGAAAAUGAACUGUGUUUGAAAAAAAAUAUAAUUGAAUUGGAAAAUGCCAAGAAGUUGUUGUUGUUGAAAGAGAAUGAAAUCCAAAAGCUAAAUUCUGAUAUCAAGAUUUUACAACAAAAUGUUCUCCAGACAUCGCAUGAUGACAAUAUGCAUCAGCUUAAUGAGUUAAAAGUACAGCAUGAGUUCCAAAUUGAAGAAUCUUUCAAAAAAUAUGAUGCUCUUUUGCAAGUUAAUGAAGAAUUGCAUAAUAAAGUAGAAGAGUCAAAUCUUGCAUUAAAAAAAAUGGAAGAAGAGGCUGAGUUUCUUCGUAAACAAAUUAAAGAUAAUUCUACUUCAGCAUCUUUACUUGAAUCUCAGCUGUCUUCUUUAAAAGAGCAGUUAAGUAUUGCACAUAGCAACCAAAAGAAAGCAGAAAAAGAUUAUGAAGAACAGUUAAGUAUUGCACAUAGCAACCAAAAGAAAGCAGAAAAAGAUUAUGAAGUUAUAAACAAACAGCUUAAUGAAAUAGUCAUGAAAAAAGAUAAACUGCAAGCUGAAUUUAACCAGAAAUGUGAACAAGAAGCAAACUACAAUAAUGAACUUGAAGUUCUACGUAAUCAGUUAAACCUUGAAAGAGAACAAAAUGUAAUUCACAAAAAUGUUGAAGAAAAUGAGAUAGAAACUCUUCAUAAACAACUCCAAAUGCUAGAAGUAGCUAACACGUCAUUAACUGCCAAGUUGAAAAAUAAUAAUGAAAAAACAGAUUCAUCACAUGUAGAAGAACUAAAAGAACUGCUUAAUAAAGUUACAAAAGCAAAAAAUGAGAAAGAUGCUGAGGUAGAAUUUUUAAAUUCAAUUAUUGUGGACUUACAGAAAAAAAACAAAGAGCUGGACGAAAAAAUUAAAGUAUUAACAUAUGGCGAUGAUAUUCAUUAUGACCUCAAUGAUACUAUAAGUCCAAUUAAACCAAAUUUGCGAAUGCGACCAUUUUGUGACAUUUGUGAUGUAUUUGAUAUCCAUGAUACUGAAGAUUGUCCAACACAAACUAAUGAAAACUAUGGUGGAGUGCAACAUCGUGGAUCUAGAACUGAUGAAAGACCAUAUUGUUUAAUAUGUGAAUCGUUUGGCCAUACUCAAGAGAACUGUGAUGAUGAACAGACGUUUUAGUGAAACUUACAUUGGAUUCAGUGUCAUUGCAAGUGUUUUCUCAUUUCGUCAUAAUUUGCAUGACAAAUGCGUUUAUUCUUAAAACGCAUUUUUUCAUCAAAUUAAAAUUCUUUGACGACAAAAAUGACGUUUAAAUUAUCAAAGGAAAAAAUUGCAUAUAAAAAUGUGAACAUAAAAAGUUCUUAAAAAGAACAACUCAAUUCUACAAUUUAAGAAGAGAACCGCGAAAAAUAUUUUUUGAUAUAAUCUUGAUGCGUGGAUUUAUGACAGGAUUUUUUAAAGAACUAUUUUUAUUGUAAUUAGUUGUAUGAAUUAGUUUGAACUGUGUUCACAUGGUAGUGGUCACACACAGGCUUACCUUACAGUAUUUUAGUAUACUAGACAAUGUAUUCUAUCUGAUAUUUUCAGUUUGUACGGUGAUUUUUUUAUUUUUUUACAAAUAUUGCCUAUAAUUUUUCAUAUACAUUCACGUGUUCCAGUUUUUUAACGGUUUUAUCGGAAUUCCUAAAUAAAGAAAAGUUUCAUUGUUAA